UAAUGGUAUGAUGUCACAAUAGCCAUCAUAAUCAAAGUACUGGUAACAUGCUAGAGUCUAUACACAGCAUAGGGAGAUGUUCAUCUGCAUUGUGCAUGGAGAUAAGCAGCAGUUCCUGGUUAAUAUCAGCUGUAAUGUGAUUCACCUGUUAGAUCACAUACGUAAGAAGCUGCAGGUACCAGUCACAGAUACCAUAGACCUGUGUGAUAUUCAAGGCUCAUUACAGUUCUUCUGCUUUGUCAGAAAUUUUGCGGAGAGAGCAGAUAAAUAUGUCAGCCCACGUGAGACUUAUUAUGUAUGCAAAAUAGAGAAGGGGGAACCAGGUUCCAAAUAUGAACAUUGUUACAGAGAAAUAACACUCCUGCUGUCCAGUCCGGAACCUGAGAUCACAGAUGCAUUGAGAGCUCAGUGUGAGUUCCUGGAGAAGAGUCGCCCCAAACUUCUCAAGGAUUCUGGAGCCAAGUGGUUAACGGCUCUUGACUUGCGUAAGCAGCUCUAUUCUGCUCUGCCGCUGCCGACUAGUCAUGCAUCAGAAAAGUCAUCUGAGGAAGAAAUGAAUAGUAAACAAGGUAAUGCACGGAGCCCGCGGGAUAAAGCUCCAAAUACUCUGCGCAAGAACAGACACCGUUGAUUAUGGGGUGAACUACUUCAGAGUGAAUUAAGAUCAUUGCAAACAUGGAUCAUGAACCUCACACCAAGCAUACUGGGAUCAGAUUGUUAUAGACAGUUUCUUAAAUGAGAACAUGUGAUUAAAGACAAGUCCUGACUUAAUGUGUCCUUCUAAAA